CUUUUUCAACUUCAUUGUUUCUUUUUACUUUUAAUUUUAAUUUUCAAACAACUCCGAAGUCAAAACGGCGUCGCUCUUUGUUCUUCACUUAGAUGCAUUCGUUAUUUGGGAAUUAGGAUUAAGAAAUCCCUAAUUUCAGAACGUGAGAAAGCUGAAUGCCUGAAGGAGUAGAACUUCUUCUCCAAUAUCUGCUCAGUUCUGCAAUUUGUUGUCGUCGCCGGUCGUUGGUCAUGGCAGUCACGUGUGGUCUUGGUGAUGCUUUCUGUUGCAGUACAUGCCCUUAUAAGGGUCUUCCUCCAUUCAAACUUGGUGAAAAGGUAGCACUUUCUGGGAACUUUCUUGACGCUGACCGUUCUGAUGAUAACAGUCAAUAUCCGAUUGCAGCAACCGUUAUACUUAAGGUCAAAGAUUUGCUACGUUUUCUUUUGGUUGACAUGAUAUAAGUGAAUAUGUAAUAUGUACUCUUGCCGAAGAGAGGGAAACAACAGUGAGCCAUGAGUUGCUGUUAGAUCGUUUAGAAUUGAUAGAAAAGAAGUGGAUUUACAUGACAGAAUGCAAAGGAUUGGAAAUGUGCUUGAGGCCAAUGUGUCAAACAAUUAAAGUUUUUAUUGUUGUUUCUAGUA